AUGGUGCUGGCAAUUUGGGUAAUGACAUUUGUAGUUGGUCCGCUUCUAGCAAUUUUUUAUAAAUCCAGUGCUAGACCUUUCGUGCAAUACAAAGAGAGAAACGUAGUAAGCGUGGGAUCUAACAGCGAGCUUCGAAUCCUUGCAUGUGCUCACAACUCACGCAAUGUGCCAGGCAUUAUCAACCUCCUCGAGGCUUCUAAUCCAACCAAUAAAUCCCCUCUUCAUGUUCUUGCUGUCCACCUUGUCGAACUAACGGGGCAUACUUCGGCGAUGUUGGUAGUGCACGAUGCUUGUAAGACCAAUGAUGUACAUUCUCCCGACAACUCGUCCCCCUCAAAUGCCUUUGAAGCAUAUGCCCAACAGAGAGAAUGUGUCACGAUGCAAACACUCACGGCGGUGUCUCAAUACUCCACGAUGCACCAGGACAUAUGCAACCUGGCUGAGGAGAAUCGCGUCGCCAUAAUAAUCAUCCCGUUCCACGAUAAAUCCACCACAUUGGUUGGAGGAGUGGCACCAGAUGCAAACAACUCACAUCUAAAGAGCCUCAACAACAACUUGAUCGCAAAUGCUCGGUGCUCUGUGGGUGUUUUUGUGGAUCGAGGCCUCGGUGCAUCCAACUACUCUUACCGUCGAUGCUGCUAUUCCAUGCUCUUCUUUGGAGGGGUAGAUGACCGUGAGGCAUUAGCGUAUGCGGGUCGCAUGGCUGGACAUCCUAGGACUAGCCUAACAGUCAUAUCGUUUAACAUCAUGAGUAAAAAUGCAGCAAACUUGUACUCUGAGGAUGAUCAUGGUGACGACGACGACGACGACGAUGAAGAUGGUACUGGUGGAAUUCUGAAGGCCAUGGCAAGCACUGGGAGGGAAAAAAAACUGGAUGAGUUGUACUUGGAUGAGUUUAGGCUGAUGUCAAUGAAUGAUGCCUCCAUAAAACUUUUAGAGAAGUCGGUGACUAGGUGGGAACAAAUUCUCUCACUAAUAAGCUCAAUGGAAGGUGAGUAUGAUAUGUACAUAGUAGGAAGAAGGCAUGGAAAAAUAUCAGAGGUCACCACGACGUUACUCGAUGGCAUCGACUUCAAUGACCUUGGAUUUCUUGGAGAUGCAUUGGUAUCUUCAAACUUUAUAGCCAGUACAUCCGUUCUAGUUGUGCAACAAGGUCGCCUUUUGGAUUAUUAUUCUUGA